AUGCAUUUACAGAAUGCUUCAAUCACAGUAACAGAAUUUACCAUAGUUGGUUUUGACAAAACCAAAAGGCCUAUGGUCGUUGGCGUGGUUAUUUUGAUUACCUAUGUUCUAACUAUUCUAGCCAACAUGACAAACAUCCUCUUCAUUAUUUAUGACAAGAGAUUACACAAACCAAUGUAUCUUCUGAUUUGCAACCUUGCUGCUGUUGAUAUACUGCACACCUCCAGUGUCAGUCCAACAAUGAUCGGUAUCCUAGUUGCUGGUGUUAAUACCAUAUCCUAUGUGCCGUGCUUUAUUCAAAUGCUUGCUUUCCACCUGGGAGGGGUGAUGGAGAUGUUUUCUUUAUCGAUUAUGGCGUUUGAUCGACUGGUUGCCAUCAGUUGUCCUUUUCGGUACCACACGGUGAGUCCUCUCCCUCACUGUUACUCAACAGUGAAGUACACUUUCUGUGACUAUGCUGCCAUAGUACGAACCACUUGUGUUGACCCAAAUUACUAUUUCAAUCUGGCUACCAAAAUGGGCAGCACUUGUUUGACCCACUUGAUUGUGGUAACAUGUUAUUACUCACAAUUAUUUAUCGCCGUUGUCUUCACCAGGUUAGGUGUGGUAUUAACUCUUGAGGCCCGCCAUGGCUUAAUGAUCGGGUCCGCCCUCGGCCCAUCUCUUGUCAAUCCUUUUGUGUACUGUUUAAGGACAAAAGAAAUUAAAAGUAAGAUCUUUAGGGUAUUCAAAAAAGUUGUGACAUCUCAGUAG